GCCCAGUUUAACUUUAUGCUCCUGAGGAAGCACAACCGUUUUUUUCUGCAUCCCAGGACACAGUCCUCUUUGUAAGGGGUGCAAUUUUUUAAAACUAAUUUUUGAACUGAUUCUACUCGAUUUUUAUACUAAUUUUUGAACUGAUUCUACUCUGUUACUGGGGAAUGGUAGUCUCAGCCUUUCCCUCUUGGGUGACUUUGUAGCCACAAACUGUAUUUGGACUGGUCCAUCAUUAGCUCUUCUCACUGGGAAAUCCUUCAGUGGACAAAUGGGAAGAAGAUACAGGUUAUUUCCAAAAGCAUCCUUGGUCCAGACCCCUCCAAAAGAUCUCUGUUACCACAGCAAGUCAGUGCUAUUGCCAUGUCCACCUCAUCGAAUAGCACCUAAGUGGGAAAGAGACCCCAUACUUAGGUCUGAGAGAAUGAACAGAUUCAGUGACCAGCUCAACUCCAUCCAAUUACCAGUUUAUCAUUAUCACAGGACAGAGCCUGCAACCUUGCCUUGUCUUAAGAAUCCAGCCACAAAUUCAGUGCCGUUGCCGUACCUGAAUUACCAGGUUACCCCUAAGCCACCCCCAUACCCGUGCCAUCGCAGUCACUCUGUCUUAUCUCUGCCUAACCCUGAUUUCAGGACAAGGUCAAACAUAUCCCUGGGAACCCCUCCUAAAGAUGUCAAACCUCCUCUCCACCCAAAAUACUACACAGAGAGUCCUGUUGUGCUCAAGCGCUUCCCCAAGAUCUCACAGGGUCAGAAUUAUCAGAAGGAGGAGCUGCCACAUCUGAGACAGAAGUCACCAGCACUCCUAUUCCCUGAGCACAGGUCUGAAGACUUGUCACAUCUCAAGCAGCAGCCACCCUAUCUCAAAGUCAGCCCUCACCGUGAGGCUGAAGAGCUGUCACAGCCCAGACAGAAGCCCCCAGCAUCAUCCUCCAUCCCUGACUACCAGCUGGAGGCAACAUCACCCAGAAAGACCAGGGAUUACACAUUGCCUGACCGGCAGCCCAGUGCCAGAUCUGCCCCAGAAACUUGCAGUCCCUCUGCAGAAGCAGCUCAGGAUAAUAAGCAACAAGUAAAAAUUCUAGCUUUUGUGUUGGGUGGAGGAAAAACCAAAUGUCUAAUUUUACAAUCCCCUUUUAAGAACCACCAUUUUAAGACAGAUAUGGUUUUAGAAAAAGCAUCAGAUCUUGAGUAUUUGGUCAAUGAAACUUCAAAACAGAUUGAUCUUCACUUCAGGGAAAGCACGUCACCUUUGCCUUACCUCAACCAGCAAUCUGGAACUUGGGCUUCACCUUCACCCUUGCCCAAAUAUGUGAACAGGAGCACAAGCACAGAAGUCUCCUGGCCUCAAUCCAAUGACAGGUUCACAUCACUAGAUCCCAAUCAGCAGGCCAGGGGAACCAUGAAAUACCCACAAAGCUUCAUCCCAUGUGCCAAAGCAGCCUCUGAUCCUUCCCUAUCCCUGGGAACCUGGGAGAGCUCUGGGCCCUUCCAAUGCCCUGAGCAUGCAACCGAAGCUUCACCAGGCCCUGACUACAAGGUCAAGGACACCAACUGGCCUCCAUCACCUUCUGGGCACAAAGUUAAAACACCUGGCCCAGGAGCUGAUCACUUCAAUGAGGUCUCACCAAACUUAAGUCAUCAGGGAACAAUUCCAAUGGGUCCUGGACAAAGAAAUUCAGCUUCACUAGUCUGGAACAGUCAGCCUGCAGCAGCAUCUAACUCAAAGACCCAAGUCAUAGUACCAUUGUUCACUUCCGCUUGUUCUAAGCUGUUGAGUAAGAAUUCAUUGACACUGGAGUAUAAGUCCAGUAGCCAAGCUAAUGUUGGUCAGCAGCAUGACAGGCCAGUAGACCCUAAUAACCCAGUUAACCCAUCACUCUGCCCUGAAAAACAAAUUCAGGCUGUGUGGGACCCAGACUGCCAGACCAUAGUGAUACUAUGCUCUGAUGAUGAUGCACAGUCUCUAAAUAUUUUUGACCAUCAAGAGAAAGAACCACGGACUCCAGACAACCAGACCAAUCAUAAAUUUGUUGGUUCUCAAUACCAGACUCAGACUGUACCAGACCCUCAUAAGAUCAAACCUUCAUUAAGUGGUAAAACCAAGGUCAUCCCUCCACUCAAUCAUAACCACAUAACUGAGUCUGAAUCACAGACUAAGAAGACUACUCAACCAGCAAGCUCCCUGCAACAAGCAAUAUCUCAAUUACCAGAUUAUUGGAUGGCUCUCCCUCAAACCAGUGCAGAUUCUUUAAAGGAGACUACACCAGACUCAAGUGCCCAGGUCAUCCCCUAUCAAACAAAAGCAGACUUCUGGAAUAAAAUGCUGCAGGACCCAGACCACCAGGCCACAACUCUACUAUGCCAGGAUAAUAGUGUGGCACCUUCACUGGGCAUAGACCACCAAGUCAUAACUCCACCAUGCAAGGGUAAGAAUAUUGAGACACCUUCACUGGGCACAGAUCACCAAGUCCUAACUCUACCAUGCCAGGAUAAGACUGGGACACUUUCACUGGGCAUAGACCACCAGGUGAUAACUCCACCAUGCCAGAAUGAGAAUACUGAGACACCUUCACUGGUCAUAGACCACCAGGUAAUAACUUCACCAUGCCAGGAUGAGACUGGGACACUUUCACUGGGCAUAGACCACCAAGUGAUAACUCCACCAUGCCAGGAUGAGAAUACUGAGGCACCUUCACUGGGCAUAGACCACCAGGUAAUAACUUCACCAUGCCAGGAUGAGAAUACUGAGACACCUUCACUGGGCAUAGACCACCAGGUGAUAACUCCAUCAUGCCAGGAUGAGAAUAUUGAGACACCUUCACUGGGCAUAGACCACCAGGUAAUAACUCCACCAUGCCAGGAUGAGAAUACUGAGACACCUUCACUGGGCAUAGACCACCAGGUGAUAACUCCACCAUGCCAGGAUGAGAAUAUUGAGACACCUUCACUGGGCAUAGACCACCAGGUAAUAACUCCACCAUGCCAGAAUGAGAAUAUUGAGACACCUUCACUGGGACAGAGGACAGAUCACCAAGUCCUAACUCUACAAUGCCAGGAUGAGACUAAGACACCUUCACUGGGCAUAGACCACCAGGUGAAAACUCCACCAUGCCAGGAUGACACUGAGACCCCUUCACUGGACUUAGACCACCAGGUGACAACUUCAUCAUGCCAAGAUGACAAAGGUGAGACACCUUCAUUGGGCAUAGACCACCAAGUAACAAUUCUAACAUGCCAGAAUGAGAAUAUUGAGAUACCUUCUCUGGCUAUAGACCACCAGGUGAUAACUCCACCAUGCCAGGGUGACACUGAGACACCUUCACUGGGCAUAGACCACCAGGUGACAAUUCUACUAUGCCAGGAUGAGAAUAUUGAGACAACUUCACUGGCCAUAGACCACCAGGUGAUAACUUCACCAUGCCAGGGUGAUACUGAGACACCUUCACUGGCCAUAAACCAUCAGGUGAUAACUUCAUCAUGCCAGGGUAACACUGAGACACCUUCACUGGCCAUAGACCACCAGGUGAUAACUUCAUCAUGCCAGGGUGACACUGAGAUACCUUCACUGGCCAUAGACCAUCAGAUGAUAACUUCACCAUGCCAGGGUGACACUGAGACACCUUCACUGGGCAUAGACCACCAGGUGACAAUUCCACCAUGCCAGGAUGAGAACAUUGAGAUAACUUCACUGGACAUAGACCACCAGAUGACAAUUCCAACAUGCCAGAAUGAGAACAUUGAGACACCUUCACUGGGCAUAGACCACCAGGUGACAAUUCCAACAUGCCAGAAUGAGAAUAUUGAGACACCUUCACUGGGCAUAGACCACCAGGUCAUUACUCCACCAGGGCACAAUGACAGUGAAAGAUCUUCACUAGACAUAGACCAUCAUAUUGUAAAUCCACCAGGUCAAGAUCACAGUGAGAUACCUUCACUGGGUAUAGACCACCAGGUGACGACUUCACCAUGCCAAGAUGACAAGACUGAGACACUUUCCCUGGGCAUAGACCACCAGAUGAUAACUCCAUCAUGCCAGGAUGACAACAGUGAGAUACCUUCACUAGGCAUAAAUUGCCAGGUGAUAAUUCCAUCAUGCCAGGAUGAUACUGAGAUACUGGGCAUAGACCAAUGCAUCAUAACUCCACCAUGCCAGAAUGAUAAUGAAACACCUUCACUGGGCAUAGACCACCAAGUCAUAAUUCUUUCAUGCCAAAAUGACACUGAGAUACCUUCACUAAGCAUAGACCACCAAGUUAUAACUCCACCACAGCAGGAUGACUGUGAAACACUUUCAUUGGGCACAGAUCUCCAGGUCAUUACUCCACCAUGGCAGGAUGACAGUAAACAAUCUUUAAUGGAACUAGACUGCAAGAUUAUAAUGCUACCAAGGCAGGAUUACAUAGACCACCAGUUCAUAGCUCCACCAUGGCAGGAUGACAAUGAGACACCUCCACUGGGCAUAGACCACAAGCUCAUAACAUCAUCAGGGCAGGAUGACACUAAAAUAUCUUCACUGGGCACAGAUAGCCAUAUCAUAACUCUAUCAAGUCACGAUUACAGCAAGAUCCCUUUUCUGGGUAAAGAUCAUCAGAUCACAAUGUCAUCAGGGCUUGAUGACAGAGGGACAUCUUCACUGGGCAUAGGCUACCAGCUCACAAUACAACCAGAGCAAGAUGACAGAGGGACACCUUCACUGGGUAUAGACCACCAGCUCACAACACCAUCACAGCAAGAUGACGGAGGGACACCUUCACUUGGUUUAGAUCACCAGCCCACAAUACGACCAGAGCAAGAUGACAGAGAGACACCUUCACUGGGUAUAGAUCACCAGCUCACAACACCAUCACAGCAAGAUGAUGGAGGGACACCUUCAUUUGGCUUAGAUCACCAGCCCACAACACAACCAGAGCAAGAUGACAGAGGGACACCUUUACUGGGUAUAGAUCACCAGCUCACAACACGACCAGAGCAAGAUGACAGAAGGACACCUUCACUGGGUAUGGACCACCAGCUCACAACACGACCAGAGCAAGAUGACAGAGGGACACCUUCACUGGGUAUAGACCACCAGCUCACAACACCACCAGAGCAAGAUGACAGAGUGACACUUUCACUGGGUAUAGAUCACCAGCUCACAACACCACCAGAGCAAGAUGACAGAGGGACACCUUCACUGGGUUUAGACCACCAGCUCACAACACAACCAGAGCAAGAUGACAGAGGGACACCUUCACUUGGCAUAGAUCACCAGUUCACAACACAACCAGAGCAAGAUGACAGAGAGACACCUUCAUUGGCUAUAGACCACCAGCUCACAACACGACCAGAGCAAGAUGACAGAGGGACACCUUCACUGGUUAUAGACCACCAGCUCACAACACCACCAGAGCAAGAUGACAGAAGGACACCUUCACUGGGUAUAGACCACCAGCUCACAACACCACCAGAGCAAGAUGAUAGAGAGACACUUUCGUUGAGCAAAAACCACCAGCUCAUAACAUCACCAGAGCAAGAUGAUAGAAGGAUACCUUCACUGGCUAUAGACCACCAGUUCACAACACGACCAGAGCAAGAUGACAGAGAGACACCUUCAUUGGGUAUAGAUCACCAGCUCACAACACCACCAGAGCAAGAUGACAGAGGGACACCUUCACUGGGUAUAGACCACCAGGUCAUAACACCACCAGAGCAAGAUGACAGAGGGACACUUUCAUUGAGCAAAAGCCACCAGCUCACAACACCACCAGAGCAAGAAGACAGAAGGACACCUUCACUAGGUAUAGACCACCAGCUCAUAACACCACCAGAGCAAGAUGGUAAUAGAAGGAUACCUUCAUUGGCUAUAGACCACCAGCUCACAACACAACCAGAGCAAGAUGACAGAGGGACACCUUCACUAGGCAUAGAUCACCAGCACAUAACACGACCACACCAGAAUGGUGGUACAAAUAUUUCAUGGGGCAUAGACCAUGAAAUAACAACUCUCCCUGGUUCUGACCACCUCACCAUCACUACAUCAAGUCCAAUAUCUCAAAUAUUAAAGCCCAGUGAUCAAAUCACAAUUCUACAUGACCUAAACUGUGAGGCAAACAUGUUAAUGAAACCAGAAUACAAAAAUACAACUUUACUUGGUUACAACAAGCAGGUUGAAAUUGGACCAGACACCAACAACAGCCAGAGCAUACUUCCAACAGGCAAGGAUGAUCAAGUUAUAGUCUCACUUCCACCUCAAAAAAAGACAUUUUCUUUAUCCAAUGUCACCCACCAGAAGGAUAUUCCAAUAGGUUAUGGCCACCACCAGACUAUAGCUCCAUCGACCUCUGACUUCAGAGAUCAGGCUCAGUCCGGAUUCCAACAUCAGACUGUAAAAAAGAAAGAAAUUCCAUGGCGUUUGAAGUACAUCAAACCAUAUAUCAUUCAAGGCAGAGGCAAUGUGUCCGCUAGAACUGUACAUGCCAUCAUCAAUUCCAUUCCUGAGGAGAAAAUAAAAAGGGAUAUAUGUAAGCAGAUUCUCUUUCGGCAAAUGAAAGAAACUCCGCCUCAGAGACCUGGUGAAUGCAUGUCAAUCAGCUAUUCAAUCUGCUUAGAGUGUGCCUCCUGGGUCCCAGAUGGCUGUCUCCAUGACAAAGGAAAGAAAAAUCAAUUUGAAGCAGAAAUGUUGGCCAUACCAAUGCCUCUGCCUGGCUCUGACGAGGAGAUGGGCUUGAAAUUUGUCUUGAAAGUGCCUUAUAACUCCUUCGCCUUCUUCACUCAGGUCUUCCCAGAACUCAACGUGCAAUGGCCAUCAUACUAUUCACCAUACUUUCCAUCAUUCUCACAUAAACAGAGUGUGAAUUAUAUGCCAGCAGAAGACAAGUGGCUUGAUAACUCAAAAACUGAUAGUUACCCACAGAAAAUUAAAACAUCUGAAAAUCAACAGCCAGUCACAGAAGAGAAUCUGCCCCAAAGGAGGGACGGUAAUGAAAAGUCGAGGGGACAUGACAAAGGUUUCAAAUCUCUGCUUGAGAAAUUUCAAAGGCAAAGGCAAAAUUAAAUUAACCAUCUUUUUCUGUGAAAA